AUGAAUGUGUGUGGUGGUGUAUGUGUCGUCCUGGGCUGGUUGGUACUGAUCCUGACUGGCCACCAGCUGACUGAGGGAACCGGUCUGCAGCUUCCAGGGGACUACUCCAUCUCUGGUCUCUUUCCCCUACACAAGUUGGCCCCUUCCAGCUCCAACCUACCAGACCUGGGAGCCUGUAAAGAAGGCAAAUUUAAUAAACAUGGCUAUCAUUUGAUACAAGCCAUGAGAUUCGCUUUGGAGGAGAUCAACAACGGUACCAAAAACCAGCAUCUUCUCCCAGGGGUAUCACUGGGUUACCAGGCGUAUGACACCUGCAAUCAACCAGCCAGUGUGCUGGCCACUCUGGCCAUGCUGGCCCAACAGUACCAGAGAACUUUAGCGAACAACACAGGUGGUGACCAGAGGGCAGUGGCAGUGAUCGGGCCUGAUAGUAGCAGUUACACCUUCACCCCUGCUGCAGUGCUGGGCUCUUAUCUAGUGCCACAGAUCUCCUAUGAAGCCUCUAAUGAGAUGCUGAGUAAUAAGCUCCUCUACCCAGCCUUCUUCCGCACCAUCCCCAGUGACAAGAACCAGGUGGACGCCAUGGUCCAGCUGCUGGUGCGUUUUAACUGGACCUGGAUCGUUCUACUGGGCAGCGACGACUCCUACGGCCUCCAGGGCAUAGAGAGUCUCUCCCUUCAGGCUGCUCACUUUGACAUCUGCAUCGCCUACCAAGGGGUCAUCCCCGAACUCACCUCCGCCAACAACCAGACCAUGAGGAGCAUAGUCAAGAACAUUUUGAAGACCAAGGUCAACACUAUUGUCGUGUUCUCCAGCAAGACCAAAGUCAGUCAGUUCUUCCCGUUUGUCAUAGAGCAGGGUGUAACUGGUAAGGUGUGGAUAGGGACAGAGGACUGGUCAGUCACCACUCUAGUGUCGGGAAUACCAGGUAUUCACACCAUUGGGACUGUACUAGGCAUCUCCAUCAAAUACACAGCAAUAACUGGGUUUGAGGAGUUCGAAAGCCAUGCUGUUCCAAAGUUACUUAGUGGCACCUCCAAUGGCACGAUGGACCUGAGUGUUGAAUGUUUGCAAAAUACGGACCUCUCCAGCAUGGCAGCAGAAAACUUCUCUUUGGGGGACUAUGACAUCAAAUCCUCUUAUAAUGUUUACAAGGCUGUAUAUGCUGUGGCACAUGCACUGCAUCAAGCACUUGGUUGUGGCUUGGAUGAAUGCCAAAAGUCUGAAGUGCUACCUUGGCAGCUUCUGCCACUGUUAAAGCAGGUGAGAUUCUCUGUUGGGAACUCGUCUAUUUACUUUAAUGAGAACGGAGACCCGCCCACAGGAUAUGACAUCGUGAACUGGAUUUGGAGGGGAACAGAGUGGUCUCUCCGUGAGGUGGGCUCUUAUACUGCAGACCCCACUGACCUCACAGUGGACCCUGCUCAAAUUGAAUGGGGUAGUGACGACGGAUACACAGGAAAAGAGGUGCCUCCGUCGAUAUGCUCCCCAGAAUGCCCCAAAGGACACAGGAAGCUGCAGACGGGACAACACAAGUGCUGCUUCGACUGCCUGGCCUGUGCUGCUCACAACUUCCUCAACAAGACUGGAUCCACCCGGUGCCAGAAGUGUGAGCUUUACCAGUGGUCCCCAGCGGAGAGCGAGGUGUGUCUGGAUCGGACGGUCCUAGUGCUGGCCUGGGGCGGUCCCCUGUCUAUCGCCCUGCUACUCCUCCUGGCUCUGACCUUGCUCAUAACCCUGGGGACAGGGGUCAUCUUCCUCCUCAACCUGGGCACCCCUGUGGUCAAGUCGGCCGGCGGGCACACCUGCCUGGUGAUGCUUCUAGCCCUAACCGCCGCGGCUGCCAGUGCCCUGUGUCACUUUGGCCUCCCGUCUCAGACUGACUGCCUUCUCAAGCAGCCUCUCUUCGUCUUCAGCUUCACCGUGUGUCUAGCUUGUGUCACCGUACGUUCCUUCCAGGUAGUGUGCAUCUUUAAGCUGUCCUCCAAGCUUCCACGGGCCUAUGAUACCUGGGCUAAGAACCAUGGGCCUGAAGUCACCGUCCUCGUUGUUUCCAUGACAGUUUUGUUGAUCUCUGUGCUCCGUGUUACUUUAAACCCCCCGUACCCCUCCCAGGACGUGGACUUCUACUCCGACAGCAUUGUCACGGAGUGUAGUAACACCCUCUCCUCUUGGGCCAUGAUAGAGCUAGCCUACGUCUCUCUGCUCAGCACGCUCUGCUUCUCCUUCAGUUACAUGGGAAAAGACCUGCCAGCCAACUACAACGAGGCCAAGUGUAUCACCUUUAGUCUCAUGAUAUACAUGAUCUCCUGGAUCAGCUUCUUCACCAUAUAUUUUGUCAGCAGGGGGGAAUUUGCCAUGGCCAUGCAUGUGCUGGCCAUAGUGUCCAGUGUGCUCGGUAUACUCGGUGGCUACUUCAUGCCCAAGGUCUACAUCAUGGUGCUGAGGCCCCAAAUGAACACAACGGCCCAUUUCCAAAACUGUAUUCAGAUUUAUACCAUGAACAAAGACUGA